AUGCAUUCAGAUUUACUUCUCAUUCAUUUUUGCAUUCAAUCUGAAUUCACAUUCAAUAAUUCCAAUGUAAAAUCAUCUUUCUUUCUUUCUAUCUAUCUAUUUAUUUAUCAUUCUAUCUAUCUGUAUUGCUAAUAUAAUAAAGCUUUAAAUAAAAAUAUAAGGAAUCUUUAUUUAUUUAUUGUUUUAUUGUUUAUUUUAUUUGCAUGUAAUAUUGCACUAUUUUAUUAUUUCAAUGCCAUUUUACUUCAUUUUGUUUAUUUAUCAUUUCUCUUUGUUUGUUUUCCUGCAUUUUCUUUUUUAUAUUCGAAAUAAAUAAAUGAGUUUUCUUUUUUAUACAGAAUAAAUAUUGAGUUUAUCAUUAUAAAGUUGACUGCUUUAUAAAAAAUAAGCUAUAUUGCAUUCAUUUUUUAUUAGAAUUGA